AAGUCCGGCCUUAGCUGCUCUUGCUUGCUUCUACCAGUAGGACAUCUAUUGGAAAUAAACACGCCUCUACUCCAUUACAUUGUCGAAAAUUCUCAGAAAAUGAAAGCAGUAGUAAUAACUACACUUGGAGGACCAGAGGUUCUCCAAUUGCAAGAAGUAGAAGACCCACAAAUCAAAGAUGAUGAGGUCCUGAUCAAGGUACAUGCCACUGCCGUUAACCGCGCCGAUACCCUCCAAAGGUUAGGCAAGCACCCGCCUCCUAAGGGCGCCAGUCCCUAUCCUGGUCUUGAAUGUUCCGGCACCAUUGAAGCCGUUGGGAAACUUGUUUCUCGCUGGAAAGUAGGAGAUGAGGUGUGUGCUCUUCUUAGCGGAGGAGGCUAUGCAGAGAAAGUGGCAGUUCCAGCAGGCCAAGUUCUUCCUGUUCCUCCUGGUAUUUCCCUAAAGGAUGCUACUGCUUUCCCCGAGGUUGCUUGUACUGUUUGGUCCACUGUUUUUAUGAUGAGUAGGCUGUCUGCAGGCGAAACAUUUCUGAUUCACGGGGGUUCUAGUGGGAUUGGCACUUUUGCAAUUCAGAUGGCUAAAUAUCAAGGUGUUAGAGUGUUUAUCACUGCAGGGAGUCAGGAAAAAUUAGCUGCUUGUAAGGAACUUGGUGCUGAUGUCUGCAUCAAUUACAGAACAGAAGACUUUGUUGCACGGGUGAAGGAAGAAACUAAUGGGAAAGGUGUUGAUGUUAUUUUGGAUUGCAUGGGCGCAUCCUACCUGCAGAGAAACCUGGACAGCUUAAAUGUUGGUGGAAGGCUUUUUAUCAUUGGCUUCAUGGGCGGAGCUGUGGCAGAAUUAAAUCUGGCCUCAUUGUUAGCGAAGCGCCUCACAUUGCAAGCGGCUGGCUUGAGAGGUAGAAGUUCAGAAAACAAAGCAGACAUUGUAAAUGAGGUGGAGAAGAAUGUUUGGCCUGCAAUUAUUGAAGGCAAAAUGAAGCCUGUGGUUUAUACAUCUUUUCCAUUAUCUGAAGCGGCAGAGGCUCAUCGACUCCUGGAAAGUAGUCAGCACAUCGGCAAGAUCCUGCUUCUUGCAUGAUGCUAAUGGUCCAAGCAGCUUUAGUUAAUCAUGACAUUAGCGGUGGUAUUUUUAUGGAUGUUUACAUGGAGGGUAUUCUCAGCUUCUUCAUAGUUUCUUGUAAUAUAGGAAUAAAAUGUAUCCUUGGAGUGACUAUUGGAUAUAAAACUUAAUGUGGUGCAGAAAUUCAUGAAUGCUAUACUUAUUUAGCUUGUUUGAAUUCAUAACAAACUAGGCUGGGUUUGGAGAA